CCGGGCGGGCAGGGGCCGGGCAGGAACCAGGAAAUCCGAGCUGGGGCCGGGCACAGAGCGCCGGGGCUCGGCGGGGACGGAGCGCCAUGGGCAACCUGUGCGGCUGCGGCCGGCGCUGGAAGUGCCCUUCGCCUUUCAGAAGAAAGAAAGAAAAGCAGGGAGCUAACGUGAGCCAUGAGACUCCACAGCAGCAGCCAGGCAAGAAGGUCCCCACGUACGAGGAUGUCCCCGAUGUCCCUGUGUACGCCACGCUGAGCCAGCCCAGGGGGCUGCAGCAGGAGGAGAGCAUCCACUACGCCGACAUCCAGGUGUUCUCCCGGGCACGGGAGCGCUCGGCCGCCGAGCUGAGGAGCCUGCAGCUGCAGAACGCCACCGAGUACGCCACCCUCAACUUCCCCAGGGCCAGGCUCAAGUACGACAGCAAAAACGGGACCUUGGUCUAGAAGGCUGCGUGGGCAUCGUCCUCCUCCUCCUGCAGGAGCGGGAGCUCACGGCUGUGGAUGCAGGGAGAGCUCACGGACACAGCUGAGAGCUGGGAGAGGCUGCUCCCGCCUCAGACAUUCUCCUGAGGGGGCUCCAGCUGGUUCUGCUGGCAGAAAACGCCUCCUGCCCUCAGGAGAGCUGCCCCGGAGCUGGCAGAGCUCUCCUGCCAGCCCUGUGGGGUGGCAGAGCUGCUGUGGGCUGCAGGGAGGAAAUCCCUGGCACAGCUCCAGCCAGGAGCUGCCUUUGGGAAUUGGGGAAUUCAGGGCUGAGGGGAGGUUUUGGCAGAGGGUUUUGUGUCAGUGUUAAAGCUCUGAGCGUGCAGAGUGGCUCGUGGUGGUGCUGAGAGGAGAGGAGCCCUUCAGCAGGCUCUGCCUCCCUCCCACAGCCACCCCCGGGGGUGCAGCCAGGCCCUGCGUGCAUCCCCUGCCACAAAAUCAGUGUUCUGCAGCCCAGCACAGCCAGAAAUGCAGCCCUGGGAGGGUCACAGGACUAUUUCUGUCACUGAGGGGCUGCUCGGAGGUGAAUCCUCCCUGCUGUGUGCAAACAAGUGGGGAGUGAGCUGCUGGCUCUGGCUGGAAGUGAAACAAGGGAAAAUUCACAAUUUAGCUGCAAAUCACUGCCCUGUUUAGGGCAGUCCUCAGACUCCAGCAGCUGCCUGGGACACUGGGAACGAACCCUGGGCAGCUUCGGAGAGGACUUUGGACUUUGCCUCCACUUUCUCCUCGUUUUGUGCUGUCAGCCCUGGUCACAGACCAGGUGGGGUUAUCAGCUCCACCCCUGAGGAACUGUUCUGGAUUUCAGUGUCAGUAACUCAGGGCAGCAAUGGCCCAGACUGGGCAGCACUGGCAGGGCACCAUCCCCGGGCACUAAACCAAGGCCUGGCACCUCUGCAGGGCAGCCUGUGGGGCACCGGCAGCGUUCAGAGGUGGAAUCUUUCAUAAACAGAAUUUGGCGUUUUGUAGCUCAGCUGGGUGUGCAAAGCACGGAGGGGUUCCUGCCCCUGGGGAGGAUCAGAGCUGCUCCGGGCUGUGCUGGCCAAGGUGGGAGUGUUUGAGGACCAAUCUUGCCGGUUUUCCCCGUGUUUUGAUGAGUGCCCGAGCCCCUGGAAUGGUUCUUUAUCCGCCGUUCCCUGAGGAGCUCCGGCUCCCACGCCACCCUCGGGGCUGUUCCUGCAAGCGCAGCUCAGCCCAGAGACAAUUCCGUGCCCCUAUUCCCGGGAUUUUCUCCAUGGGGAAUUGUGGAACCCCCGUGUGCUGCAGCAGGGAUUCUCCUGAAGGACCGGGUUUCGCACUGAAUGUUAAAUUCUGCUGCACUUCCCGCGGUUGCCGUGUGUGCCAAACGAGUGUGGAUGUGUCAUUAAAGAGUCAAGGCUUCGUUUCGAGCGAUAAA